AUGCCCCACGCUGUGUCGAUGCCCUCACCAGGGCUCCAGGCCUUGAUCCUCUGUGGCCCGGGAUCUUCGUUCCCGACUUUCACCUCAAACCCCGAUGAGAACCCGAAGGCCCUUCUACCGAUCGCCAACCGACCUAUGGUCUGGUACCCCAUCGACUUCUGCUACCGUUUGGGCAUUACCCACAUCACUCUCAUCUGUCCCGCCUCUGCAGAGGAAGCUCUCACCACUGCUCUGAACACCAAUCCAUACCUAACAGCACUCCCCCUCCCCAGACCAGGCAUCCUCGCUCCCAAGGACCUGGAUCAGACCACGGGCACUGCUGAAAUUCUACGUCUUCCCGAGGUUAGGGAGCUUGUCACUUCCGACUUUGUCGUUCUCCCCUGCGAUCUCAUUUGCGAGAUUCCCGGCGAGAAGCUGCUGCAAGCAUGGAUGGUCAGUGGCGCCAGCAUGUCAGAUCUCCUCGACGCCCCAAAGUUUUCAACAGGCAACUCGAACCAGUUCAGUGGAGGACUAGGCGUUUGGUACGAGACAAAGACUGCGACUCCGGUCAAAGGAGAGGAGACCGACUUCAUUGCUGUUACCCCCGUGACGCCGUCUCACGUCUCGCCGCCCAAGGGCUCAUUGUUGCCGCAUCUGUCUAAUCUCGUCUAUUCCAUGCCUACAGACUCCCUCAAAGACCUCGCGGAAGAGAGAAAAGGCUUGCCUAUCCGCCACGGUCUCAUGAGACGCCACCCCCGCCUAAGAAUGCUCACCACACACCGAGAUGCUCACUUGUACAUCCUGCCCCAUUGGAUCAUGGACUUCGUUGAGAAGAAUGAUCGGCUGGAAAACAUUGGCGAGGAUGUCGUCGGUUGGUGGGCCAAGGCUGGCUGGCAGACUGGUCUUGCCGAGAAGCUCCGACUGGACGAGGUCUUGCGUAAGGAUAAUGAGGACGAUGAUGGUGAUUCUCUGCAAGAGAGCACGACAUCACCUCAAGAUGAAGAUCCCGAGGAACUUCGACCUUAUAGAAGCACCGAACCGAGCGGACAUGCCGAUGACGAUGCAAAGACCCGCGGAACGGAGCUGAAGGUGCCUCCGAUGAUGGCUUAUGUGCACCCUUCCCAACCCGAUGCGCCGAUUGUCAGGCGCGUGGAUACUGCUCAGUUGCUUCUGAAUGUGUCAUUACAGCUCGCAAAGGUGCCAUCGGUGGAGGAAACUGGCAGCGAUGCCGCGUCCCCCUUUGCACAUGCCAAGAAGGUGGCAUACCCAGAGGGCAUCAAGGGCCGCACAACAAUCACAAAGGCCGACAGUCUUGUCGGCGAGAAUGUCACAGUGGAGGAAAAGGUUUCUGUCAAGGAGUCCGUCAUUGGCGCUGGCUGCCAGCUCAACGAGGGAGCCAAGCUGUCCCAGUGCUUGUUGAUGGAGGGAGCAGUGGUCGGCAAGAACUGCAAGCUCACAAGAUGCAUCCUCGGCAAGAGAUGUGUCAUCGGAGACAACUCAGUCCUGACAAACGUCGAGGUACAAGAGAACUUGCUUGUUGAAGCCAGGACUGAGGAGAAGGACACGAAGCUGAUGAGUUCCGAUGGAUUGGAAGCUACCGAAGAGGAGAUGCAAGGCGUACUGGAAGACAUGGACAACGAGAUCAUGGCCCAGAACGAGGAGGCGAUAGAAUAG